GACUGAUAACAACAUAUUCUACGAGAUACAGAUGCCAAUGAUGACGUGAAAAAAGUCGUUUUCAGCCCGCAAAUGAGCUAUAGAUGAAAAAGAACGAAGGAAUUGACGCUCUUGAAACCACGACCACACGGGGGCGGGUUUCUCAAAACAAACAAAAUGGCGACGCGCAUGAGAUGGGGUCUGCAACAACUGUUCCGGACAACUAUAACACCAAGCUUCAGAUUUGUAAAUAAUGGGAGCUCCUUCCACAAACGUUGCUGGACCGUCCAAAGACCCCAGUUCGGAACCAACAUCCCAGCCAGGCAUCUGUCGAUUGAGACGCAAGACACACCAAAUCCAAGAAGUUUGAAGUUCCUUCCUGGAAAACCUGUUCUGGGCAGCGGAACGCUUGAUUUUCCUUCUGAGAGCAGCACGGAAUGCUCACAACUAGCAAGAAAUCUUUUUGAAAUCGAGGGAGUGCAAAGAGUGUUUUUUGGCCCUGACUUCAUUACGGUCACAAAAAUCGAUGAAGAUUUGGAGUGGACAGACAUCAAACGUCAUGCUUUGGACACGAUUGCAAAAUUCUUUGAAAGUGGUGACCCAGUAACGACUGGAACAGUGAACAAUGAAAGCAGCCUUUCCGAAGAUGAUGAUGAAAUUGUGUUAAUGAUAAAGGACCUUCUUGACAACCGAAUCAGACCAACCGUUCAGGAAGAUGGAGGUGAUGUGAUUUUUAAAGGUUUCGAAAAUGGCACUGUGAAACUGAAACUGGUUGGUUCCUGCACCGGGUGCCCAAGUUCUACUGUGACCCUGAAGAAUGGUAUUCAGAACAUGUUGCAGUUUUAUAUCCCAGAAGUGACCAACGUGGAGCAGAUAGAAGAUGAGGUGGAUGAAGUCAAUACAAAGGUUUUCUUGGAAGUAGAGCGCAAAUUACAAGACCAAUGAAGGACAACGCUGAGGAUGGAGAAUACGCUUCUGUUUCAGUGUUGCUUUCUUCCUGUUGUAAUAUAUAACUUCACCACGCACGUGUCUGCUGCUGGAAGUGACAGUAAAAUUGUGACCUACCAUUGUUACCGACCACACGCCGCACUUCUGUGAACAACUCCCUGCUACUAAAGUAUGUCGUCAUCAUUUCGACUCUAUGGUUCAUCAACAGUAUCCUCAACUACACACACACACACACACACACACACACACACACCCAUGAUUGAAGAUUCCUGUCUUGCGCGGUUUUUACACACAGUUUCCAAUGUAAAUCUAAAUGUAACAGAUGGCUGUUUUGUUGCUUUUUUCCCUGCUGUAGGUCAUCUAUGUUUGCACAAAAGUUAUUACAAAGAAAGCAGAAUGUAGUGCCUGUGUGCUUAUUGUGUACAUAUGUUGGGGUGUUAUUAUUCUGUAAAAUAUACAGUUGUGACAUCUGUUAGGGUGUUUUUGCUGAAGGAACUGUAUUUGUGAAAAAUGAUUCACCCAACCUGCUUCUAUUCUGUGUAAAAGUAGCAACAAACUGCGUGCAUUGUUCUCACCUCCCGUCGUCUUAAGAUUCCUGGAGGAUUGUAUGAGAAUUGAGUGCUAGAAGAAGAACUAUUAAUAACAGACUGAAGAACAUUGUCAGGCUUUGUUGACUACUGAGAAUAAAUCCAU